AUGUCUGUUGCUUGUCAACUAUCAAAAAUAAAACAAAAGGUGGGGGGAAGAAAUACCAAUAGAAACGCUCUCAAUACUCCCUCUCCAAACAAAACUGAGCAUGAGCAGUGACACAAAUGUCAAAUAAAAAAUAAUUUACGAAAAUAUCCAAAUAUUCUACCACGUGCAAAAUAAGAAUAUGCAAAUAUGGGUUCGUUUAAGAAAUUAAAUUCGAAGAUAUAUGAAAAGACUACAUCAGUAAUUACUCCAGAUUCUAUAUACUGGAAACAACUGGGGACUCCAGUUUUAGUAAAGGAAUUUGGUACCGUUGACUAUAUAAACUUUUCCCCAGUCGAACCAUACUUCUUUGCAGUAACAUGCUCCGUUCGUGUGCAAGUGUAUAAUCCCAUUACAAAAUUAGUAGCAAAAAAUUUAUCACGAUUUAGAGAAAAUGCUUAUGGUGCUGUAUUCCGAUCAGAUGGACGAUUAUUAUGUGCUGGAAGUGAAGAAACACAUGUUAAGUUAUUUGAUGUGUCAACUAAGAACCUUUUAAGGCUAUUUAAGGGCCACAGUGCACCUGUUCACAGGACUUAUUUUGUUGAAAGUAGACCACAGAUUGUUUCUUUUUCUGAUGACAAAAGCUUUAAAAUAUGGGACAUUCCAACUGAAAAAAACAUUUUGUCAUAUUCUGACCAUAGUGAUUAUAUUAGGGCUGGAGCCACUAACAGUAUUAUUCCAGAUUUGGUAUUGUCUGGAAGCUAUGAUCAUUUUGUUAACAUGUAUGAUACAAGAACAAAUCAGAAAGUGUUAAGUGUAAAUCAUGGGAGUCCUGUGGAAUGUGUCUUAUUUUUGCCAAGUGCCAAUGUGUUUUUAUCAGCUGGAGGAACAGAAAUUAAAGUAUGGGAUGUUACCGCUGGUGGCAGAUUGUUAAAAAGCAUAUCCCAACAUCAUAAAACCAUCACUAGCUUAAAAUUAGCUUGUGAUAAUAAAAGGUUAUUAUCUGGGAGCUUAGAUCGACAUGUAAAAGUCUAUGAUAUUAGCAACUUCAAAGUUUUACAUUCCUUAAAUUAUCAGAAUGCUAUAUUAAGCAUGGAUAUUUCACAAAAUAAUGACAUUCUUGCUGUUGGUCUUAUCGAUGGUGUGGUAGCAGUUAGUCGGAGAGAAGAAACAGUAAAAGUGAAAAAAGAUGACAAAAAGACAAUAUCAUGGAAGCAUCCUUCGAAAUCAUUUCAACCAACUGUUGACAGCGUCACUCCUUGUUUAAAUCAUGAAAAAGAAACAAAACAUGACAAAUGCUUAAGAAAAUUUGAAUUUUCUAAAGCUUUAGACAGUGUUUUAUUACCAUAUGUCGCAAAUAAAACCCCGCAAGUAACAGUGAGUUUAAUACAUGAACUAAUAAAGAGAAGAGCUUUGCAAAAGGCGUUCACGGGACGGGAGCAAAAGUCAGUGGCCCAGAUUUUACGUUUUUUCAUUCGAAAUAUAACAGAACCUCGUUUUGCUAAAGUGUUAAUUGAUGCUGCAAACAUAUUUGUUGACACUUUUGAAGAUAGUCCACUAAUAAUGGAUCCCGAGAUUGCAAAGCUAUUGUUAAGCUUAACACAAUUACUCAAGGAGGAAACGGCAAUAGCCAAUGACCUAAGUCAAUUACAAGGUGCAAUGUGUAUGAUCUUGGCAGGUGCCGCACAACAAAAAACUGCAGCAGUUGGGGCAAAUCUACGACCCGUACACCAUAAUUUAAUACCAAGUAUUGAUGCACAGAAAGAUCUAAUUAUUAACAUUAAUUGAUAAGAUUAAUAAAGUACUUUUUUGUUAGUUUUAAUUCAAAA